UGUUCUCCACUCGUCUCUCAUAUUUUCUUUUCUCCCUUGCAUGUCCAAGUCCCCCUUUUCAGCUUUUCUAUCCAAGGGUAAUCCUGGUUUGCCAUUAUAGCAACUUCCUCCGCGUCUUUGCUUCGCCAGUUCAACAAGACCUGCCGGUCUAACAAUGGCUUCAGUAUCAGCUUCUUGUCUCAGGUUCCAUCCUCUGCUUCUCCAUUCCAACCAGCCAGCGCAGGGUAGUUUUAAGUUGGUUUCAGUGAGUUGGCCAAAGAGCUGGUUCCCUUCUUUAAAGGCCACCCGCUUCCGCGUCUCCUGUGCGGCAAAGCCAGAGACAGUGCAGAAAGUUUGUGACAUUGUACGGAAACAGCUGGUUUUGUCUCCCGAGACCCUGCUCACUCCUGAAACCAAGUUCUCAGAACUUGGUGCUGAUUCCCUUGACACAGUGGAGAUAGUGAUGGGGUUAGAGGAAGAAUUUAACAUUAGCGUCGAGGAGGAUAGUUCUCAAAAUAUAACAACUGUCAAGGAAGCAGCAGACUUGAUAGAAAAACUGGUUCAAAAGAAAGCAGAAGCUGGAGCUUAAUUAAGCCAAGUCAAGCUCCGUGGUUUCAGAGUGGACUGUGUUAGGAUCAUUAACUUCGUGGAUUUGUUUUGCCUUGAUUAUUUCCAACUUGCUCCCGGUAUUCUUUGUUUAGAAGGCUAGCCAGGUUGAUUUAAUUUAAAGUUAUGUUUAUUGGUUGCGGAA